AUGGAACACGACGCCCAGAUAAAUUCACAAAUCCCGCCGAAAGGGCCCGCUGUUGUGACGGCGGUAGCUGCUUACAAUGCAGAUCUACCAAACGGAAAUGCCUCCAUUCUGGAGACCACAGGCCAUGCCGUCGGUGUCAAGGCCAUGGUAUCGAUUGCGAAUAUCCAGCUCCUGCUCGUCGAGGGAGAAAGCGAAAAGUAUCCCCAGGAAAGAAUGAGGAGGGAGAUACGUCCCAAUAGCUCUGGAGUCGCGAGGAGCAGUAGCAGUGAUGCCGGGCCUAUCAGCUAUAGGUCUCCUUUCGUCAUCAGAUACCCCAUCGCGCCCUCGCACAACACCAGUGUCUUGGUCUCCGAUGAUGAGAAUGAAGCAGAAUCACCUCUGCCGGGAUUUCCCAAUCAUCCUAGCAAUGGAAGACCCUGGGGAAAGUCUGGAGAUGGCGCCAAGGGCGCAUCCGACAUUCGCUAUUCACAUUUCAUGCCCGACGAGGCCAUCUCUCCUUCGGCCGAUUCGCCCAUCAAAAGUGCACAUGGACUGGCUCAGGAGAAGCUGAUACAGCGCCUCAGAUCAGAGUGUCCCGACCCCCUGAUGGCAGGCAUCAUGACGGAGGAGGUGUGUGCGGAGCUCUUCGAGUUCUACUUCCGCCAUCUCAAUGCUACCGUAGCAUUGCUAGAUUCCGUCCUCCAUACCCCAGACAGGUGUCGGAAUCGAUCACCCCUCCUAUUUACCGCUGUCCUUGCGAUCAGUUCUCGAGUCAUCCGCCCAAAACUCUAUUCUCAGAGUCUUCUCCUGGCAAACAGGAUGGUCGGCCAGGCUGUCGAAUUUGGAGUAUGCACCUUGGAAGUCAUCCAAGCACUCUGCUUGUUGACCCACUGGAAGAAAGCCGAUGAUGAUACAUCUUGGGUUCGAGUAGGUAUGGCUAUACGUAUGGCUCAGAUGUUGGGACUUGACAAGACCAGUCCCAGACCUCUGCCUCGAGACGAAAUGAGGGCUCGGGAGGUAUUGAAUCGAGAGCGGGUAUGGCUCAGUGAUCUUUCCAUUGCCCACGGUCUCCCCAAGAUGCUCAAAGACGACGUUGAGGACCCAGCAGACUGGGUAGCGGAUCAUCCUCACCUUCCAACUCCUGGCGAAUCAUCUUUCAGCCCCAUUAUCACAUUUAACAGAUUGUGCAAGCUCUACACGGACAGUCUUGAGUCUAUGAAUGGAGACCCUUCAAACAUGAGGAUGUUGAAUUGGAUGGAGAUAGAAUGGAAGAGAUGGAGAGAGCGGUGGCUACUGAAGAACGAUCGGCAUAACUUCUCCCACUUCCAAAUCGCCGCCCUCAAAGUCAGCGACGCCAUCUUCCGUUUCCACCUCGGCGAAUACCGUCUUCUCUUCAUCGCUCGUUUCGAAACUAAAGGGAAGCCCUUGAAAGUCAGCGAGCCGUCGCCUCUUUCUAUGGCCUUCACUGAAUGCUCCGACGCGGCUCUAGGCUUAGCAGAAAUUGUACAGAGAGAGUUUGUUCCGCAUGGGUACUUGACGUAUUGCUUCAGUACUACGUGGUCGAUGCUGGCUAUCACUGUCAUCUGGCUCGUGAGGAAUUUGGAGCCUAUGUCUGGUACCGACCGUGCUCGUGUGAUUCGCUUACUGGCCGACCUUCAAUUCUCCAUGGGAGAAGCCUCCACUUCCGGUGAUGAUAUGGCAGCUUACACUCACCGUUUCUUGAAACAUCUCUUGAACGGGAUCUCCCCUGAAUGGCAAUUGGCCUCGUUCAUGACCCAGCCGUCGCCUCCGUCCUACGAGGGUCAUGAUAGGUCAGACCGCUUUCAAAGAGCGGGUCAUCGGUCUUCGUUUGACCAACUCCCUCCUCCGCCCCAUCAACAAGUGCCCAAUGGACGUUCUGUCCAUCUGCCCCAGCUGUCAAAUAAUCAGCAACCCCAGUAUGCUCCACCCCUCGCCAUGCCCUCCUCGUUGCCGGGUGUCGAACAGCCCUCCUUCCCUGUCGAUCAACCCUUCGUCUGGGCCCCUUCUUCUGCUCAAGAGCUCAUCCAAGAGUAUCUCUGGUCCACACCUCAGCUCCCGCUCCAGAACUCUCAUGCUGGAAACAAUAUUGCCGGUCCGAGCGUGAACCAACAGCAAGUGUCUCAGCAAGUGCCCCCUGUGACAGAGGGGCAGGCGAUGACUAUGAAUGGGACUGGGAUGUAUGGGGCGUUGCCCAUCAACGGAGACUAUAUGGAUCUUUUCCCGGAGACUGAUGAUGAUCUUUGGAAACAUCUAUUCCCUUCGAGCGUCAUGAAUUAG